AUGGAGUCCAAACGUCUACAAACAGCAAAGAAGUUCCUCAACCACUUCGAGACCCUAGACUCGGACACCCUAGCCUCGGUCCUGGCCCCAGACUACACCCACCACUUCGCACCGGCCUCCCUGGCCUUUCCGGGCCCGUUCACGAAGGAGCAGUUCGUGGAGCACGGCGCGUCGCUGCGCAAGAUCAUGACGGGGUUCCCGGUGUAUGCGAGGGAGUAUGUCGAGAGCGAGGCCAGCAACCAGGUCACGGUGUGGGCGACGAGCCGGGCGUUGUUCAGGGAGGAGGUCGUGAGGGAUGAGGAGGACAAGGAGGAGUGGAAAUUCGAGGGCGAAUACGUCUUCAUGUUUUGGAUGGACGAGACGGGGGAGAAGAUUGCGAGAACGGUCGAGUUCCUGGACAGCAAGGGAACCGAAUCGGUGCGGCCUUUGCUCAAGAGGGCCAAUGAAAAGAUGCAGGCCCAGCACUGGUUCUAG